CUGCUGUAGUAAUUAAAUUGUUCCUCACUUAGCUAGCAGUCAGGUUGUGUUGAUUAAAUAUAUAUGUGUCAAAAUCCUACUCUGUGUCUCCUACGUCUUGUGUGUUGUUCUUCAACAGUGAAGCAAGAGAAAACCUGAAGUAAAACGAUGGCUGACAAACCAGAUAUCAAUGAGAUCUCUCAGUUUGACAAGACCAAGCUGAAGAAGAUUGAGACAAAAGAGAAGAACACACUUCCAACUAAAGAGACUAUUGAACAGGAGAAACAAUGUGAGGCAUAAACUAUCUUCACCAAGGGCAAGAUGUGGAGAGCUGUGAGAUGGCAAGUCGCUUUAAGCGGAAGAUGGCUUCUCCCAACCUCCAGUCACUAUAGCCUUAGGCUGGAGUGGGAUAUUUGCCCUCAUAGUUUUAACUUGUGUAUCAGACCAUCCUGAAAGAUGACUGACUUCAUGAUAAUGAUCCCAUGUCAAUGAAGAGGCAGUCAGCUUUGCACUGAGACCCUGUUCUUUUGUAAACCCAUUGGAAUGAAGAAAAUGAGUUUAUUUGCCCUUUUCUUUGGUGAA